CCCCCCCUUCUCCGCCGCGGGCCGUCGGGCCGCCGGCGCCUCCCCGGCCUGAUGCGAGCGGGCGGGAGGCGUCCGGCGCCGCCCUGCCGGGUUCUCUCUCCCCCUGUUCUUUCCCCCCGCGGCCCCCUGUUCUGAUCCUCCGGGCGGCGAGGCUGCGCUGCGGGAGGUGACGCCCCGCUCUCCCGCCCGGGCCAUGCGGAACGCGGCUCCCGGCGGCCCGGCGAGGGGCGGCAGGCGCUGAGCGCGGGCGGCGGCGAUGCCGCUGCCGGGGGGCGGUGGGGCCGCGGCCGCCGCCAGGCUCCCCGCGUCCGGCGAAGCGGCGGCGGCGGCGGCGCGGGAGGAGGAGAAGGAGGAGGAGGAGGAGGAGGACCUGCGCGACGGCGGCGUGCCGUUCUUCGUCAACCGCGGCGGGCUGCCGGUGGACGAGCCCACCUGGGAGCGGAUGUGGCGGCAUGUGGCCAGGAUCCACCCCGACGGGGAGCGGGUGGCGGAGCGCAUCCGCGGCGCCGCAGAUCUGCCCAAGAUUCCCAUACCAAGUGUGCCUGCGUUCCAGCCAUCCACCCCCAUCCCUGAGCGCCUGGAAGCCGUACAGCGCUACAUCAGGGAGCUUCAGUACAAUCACACUGGGACACAAUUCUUUGAGAUUAAGAAGAGCAGACCUCUGACUGGGCUGAUGGAUCUGGCCAAAGAAAUGACCAAAGAGGCCCUGCCAAUCAAAUGCCUGGAAGCUGUGAUCCUGGGAAUUUACCUCACCAACAACAUGACUACGCUGGACCGUUUCCCCAUCAGCUUCAAAACCCACUUCUCAGGGAACUACUUCCGACACAUCGUGCUGGGGGUGAACUUCGGAGGCCGCUAUGGGGCACUGGGCAUCAGCCGACGCGAAGAGCUCAUGUACAAAGCGCCCGUCUUCCGCACACUGAGUGAACUCAUUUUUGACUUCGAGGAGGCGUAUCGCCGCUGCUGGCACACGCUCAAAAAGGUGAAGCUGGGGCACUGUGUAUCCCAUGACCCACACAGUGUGGAGCAGAUUGAGUGGAAGCAUUCCAUCCUGGAUCUAGACAAGCUGAGCCGGGAAGACUUCCGCAAAGAGCUUGAGAGACACGCCCGUGACAUGAGGCUCAAGAUUGGCAAAGGAACAGGGCCACCGUCUCCCACCAAGGACAGAAAGAAAGAUGUUUCCUCCCCACAAAGAGGUCAGGCCAGUCCUCAUCGCCGCAACAGCCGUGGGGACCGACGGCCAUCUGGUGAGAAGAAGCCUGCUGACUCCAAAGCCAUGCCAGAUCUCAAUGGGUACCAAAUCCGGGUGUGAAAAGGCUCUACAGACUUCUUGCUGGCCACAGCUGGGACCUGGAUCCACUUGCUGCAAUUCUGACAAAGGGGAAAGGGGAGCGGGAAUGGAACAGAGUGCUGGUCUUACAGGUACCUUCUAGUGGGACAGUCCCAGAACUGGAUCCCAUAGGUCCCAAAGGGUUCACCUGCCUGUUUCUGGAAGAGGUGUCCAUCUUAACUCACUGAAAUAAGUAUUUUUUUAAAAAGAAAUAAAAAGUUCGGUACAUC